AUGGUAUUAUUUUCUGCUCGAUUCUGCCCUUGGAAAUCUAAACAUAUUCAUCAAUUCAUCAUGGAGGCUUCGAAUCUUGAGGAAAGCGACCUGAAAGGAAUGGAAGUUUGCAGCUUCGGUGGAACGGAGAUGGCGCUCCCGAUAGAUUUGAUUGAACAGGUAAAUCAUGGUCUGGCGCGAAAUAAUGCGAAAUUAAGCAGAUUUAUGUAACGAAACACGAAUUUAUGACACUGUAAAGAUACCAUGGCCAGAAGCUGGAAUGUAUAAGCUUAAACAAACAUACAUGCACAGAUCCGAAAUGUUUAUCCUUCUUGUUGUAAAAAUUAAUUAUAUAUAUACAUGCAGUUCAUAUCUUCUAAAAAAAAACUUUGCCAUGCCACCGUAGGCAAAUUCCGGGUAUUUUCACUGAAAUAAUAUUAUGAUUGGCUUUUUUACCCUUGACAUUUUAGAAAGAAAUAUUUUUUAAAGUUGUGAGCAUGGAGACGUGGAAGAAUGUUCUUACUCCUGCAGAUAGGAAGCAUUUGGAGGUAAGAAGCUCCGUACAAAAAUCCUCAGAAGUGCGUAAUCACAUUGGUGAAUUUAAUUUACAUGUUCCGGCUGGUGGUGGGUCUAAUCUGUAGGUCACAGGUCACAGGCUCCUUAUGACUGGUGACGAAGUGCAAGCAGCCUUCCCUUGCAUGCAAAUUUUCAUUUUUGUACGUGGCAAGGGUUACCUUUGUUAGUGUCGCUAGUCUGUUACACAGCUGUUGCAUUAUCAUUCGAUGCAUUAUUUCCACCUGUUAUUUCCCUGCUUUUAUAGCCUGCACAUGUAUAACUAACUAAAACUCAUUUUAACAAGCAUUACUGUCUUGAUCAGCAGGAAAUCCAUCACUGUGCUACAGCUUGCCUCAAAACAUUUUUUGAUACGAUAUAUAAUAUAAAAAUAAAUUAUUACCAUGUGUCUAGCCUGCAUCACAGAUAUAAUUUAAUCUCAGUUAGUAACAUUAAUUUUUUGUGAAGCAGCAUUGAUAUCCUUGUUCUGGGAUCCCAGAGGACUCAAUGAAUUACUGGAGGUGUGUUGAAAAUUUUUUUAAUCCUGAUUGACAAAUCGACAAUGGCUUUUUCAACAAGCCAAUCGUAGCGCGUAGUCAAAUCCUGGUACACAGUGAGGAGGCCCAGAACAAGUAUUUUGGUGCUGCUUUGCAUAUAGACUUACAUGUAACCAGAGUUUGGUUUCACCUGUGGUGCAGGCUACCAUGUGUCAGGAUCACAGAUGACCACGACUGAGGUAAAAAAAGCAAAAGGCCAAUUACGUACAGCUGUGUUCAAAGGAGUUACUUAAUGAUACGCUUACCUCAUUUGGAGGUCUGCUGUGAUCUUUAGACCACUGCACACUGCACAGCUACAAGUGUAAUUAAAUGUUGCAGUAACAGUGAAAUGUUCAUAUAUUUCUGGCUAAUUGUUGAAUUUAAAUUGUCUGUUUUGGUAGACAUUUCUUCCAGUACUUCCAACUGACUACCCACAUGCUCAAGAAGAAAACUUAAGGUUGGUGACAUUUUGUAGUAAUGUUAAACCUUAUUUGAUAGCCACCCAGAAUACCAAGGCUAGUGAUGGUUGCUUAUACAAAAAGGUAAAGCAAAAAUUAUGAUAACUCGUGACAGUAAUAACUGAUUAACUUGAGGUUGACGGUUCAAGUCGACUGCUAAGGGUAUUUAAAGCUAGUCAAAGCUACACAGAAAGAAGAGAAGUUGAAACAGGGAUGUGAUUUAACCAGGGAUUGAACUCGGGACCUCAUACACUACUGAGGGCCGCGCCCUAACCAACUACCCACCCUUGCUCUGUAGAUAAUGGGGAACACAUUUUCUUUUAAAGGGUCAAACCUGGGGCUUUCUACCAGGAGCAAGUGUGAAAAUUAAUCUCACCGUUCAAGAGAAUUUAUUAUGUGGAGCUUUUGAGUUACACUAUACAAAAUAAAUGUGGGAAAUGUCAUGUGGUCAAUAUUAAUGCUUCCACUCUUAAUAAUGGCUAAAAAGAAAAAAAUCCACCAAAAAAAGUAAAGCAAAUUUGUUUUGUAAAAUCCUAAUAAAAAUAAUUAUUCAUGUGCAUAUAGUACUCAGUGGCAGAUCCAGUCAUUGAGAUAAGGAGGGGGGGAACAGUCAUCCAGACCCUGAGAUAAGGGGGGCUCAGGGUUAAAAAAAAUUUUUUUCGGCCUUUUGGGCCUCAGUUUGGUCCAAAAAUAAGAGGCGGGAGGAGAGGGGGGGGGGGGCUAGCCAGGCCCCCCCCCUGGUACUUUGUAAAGGAACUGCCCAAGAGGUUUCAUUUGAAGGGUAAAACCAUAGGAUUUUGUCCACAAAUUUUGAAGUUAGUGAAGAGUGACAAGUAAUCAAGUACCUUGAGCUGUAAGGACACACAUAGAGAUUCCACUGCAAUUAUUCACAUACAACGAUGCAAAAUGUUAUGUCUCCAAUUACCAUGUUCCGAAAAGUAAGCUUUCUUCCCUCUAGAUUAAAGCAAUUUUAAGAAAGAUACUUUCAAACUGUGUUGAUACAGUCAGUUAUUCUACUCCUGUUUGAUAUUUCCUCAGUAGUUUGCUGUGGGUUGGGCCCAACAUGAUCCAGACCUGAUGCCAGUGAUGGCAACAAAAUCUCUUAAUUGUUCUUGGUCACAUUUAGCAUUAGGUUAUGCUCUUCAAGUAGUAAGGCCUCAGUGAAGUUUUGAGAGACGAAUAGCUUAAAUUGUAAUGUUUGUUUCUUCCAUUUUUAUUUUGAUGUAACUAGUGCAUUGUUUAGUGGUGAAAACUUCAGGUUUGGAAACCCAGUUCAAAAAUUUCAGCAAGAGUUAAAAGGUGUGUGCUACAGUAAUUAAUUUUGUGAUCUUUCAGCGGAGACAUUACUGUUAUUAUAAUUGUUGUUCCCCUCCAUGUACCUGGACCAAUAUCAAACCUUGGUCAAGACAGGGAAGCAUAACCAGCAUGCUUAUUUAAUAUUUUGGUUAAAUAGGUAAAAAAAAAUUAAUUGAGCUUCAGUGGAAGGCUGAUGUAAAACUGGUAAAUAAGUGAGGCAAAGACAAAGACUAAAUUGACCAGUCAUGCAUGAUUUGUGGCAGAUGCUAUCUCUAAAAGGUUUAUGUUCGAGGGCAACAUCUCUACAACCAUAAUUGCUAGUAUACUCGACCUGUUCAAUGUACAUGUACAGCCACGCAUGCUUGGUUUGAGCCUUUCAAUGAAUAUCUUUAAAAUAUUACUGUUUAAAGUGACUAGGUCAUACAUUUACUUUCAUUAUCAAUUCACUCUGUCCCAAGGUGUUAGCUUUCCUGUCUCUGCAAUUUUCACUCCAGUUUAAAAAAUUUAAACCAGUUUUAGAAAAUUCAAACCAAAGAAGAAAUUUGAACCACAACAUAUACAUUUACUGGCAACUGGAAAACAUGUAGGUAAUAAAAAAUAAUAUUAAAGGAUACCCUUCAUUUGGAAUGCCUAAUUGAUCUGCCUGGUCAUUUUAAAAAUAUAAUAUUUUGUUUAGCUUGAAUCUUGCUCCAUUUCGUUAAGUAUAAUUUUUAACUACAUAGCAUGUACAGUACUGUGCAUAAUGUUUUCUCUUUUCCUGUGUCAUUAUGUACAGAUGGUUACUUCUACCCAGAUGUGGUAAAAUACAAAAAGUUGUGUCGAAAAGCAAAAUACAAAGAGUACAAGGUAUGUACUGUCAUCGGUCUAAGAUUUUGCUUGAUUGCAGAGGCAUGGGUCUCACAAACUGAGACCAAGACACAUGCUAAGAACGUUUGUGUGUACCUAACUCUAACAUGGCUUCUUUUUUUACCUGGUUUCUUGAUUUCAUGUUCAGUGUCAGAUCUUGGCUAGUAACAUGUACAACAAUAGAGUGCUUUAAAUUCUGAGACGAGGACAACUACAAGUACAAGAUUAAGUAAAAUAAAGCGUACUGGAAGUGUGCUUCUGUUUGGUAUGCUCCCUACCCCCCUGUGUCAGUAUGCAUAGGUUGACUUUGGCACCCAUUUUAUUUCUAGAUUCAGCAGCAGAGGUACCAUAGGAAACUUUUGAAAGAAAUACUUAUAUCUCGCCAGGUAAUCAGACUUCUUGCUAUCAUUAACUUUUGUAUCAGCUAUGAAUAAAUUAUACUAACUCAAUUCAGAUUCUGUUUGCCUUGUUUUACAAACUUCACUACUUUGGUUGGCCUAAGAAAACAGCCAACAUUUAGCAACACUUCCACUGGUUUCCCUGCAAAAAAGAAACAAGCUCAGAAAUUCCCUACUGAGAUGCGUCACUACCCAGAUCUGGGUACUGCUUCUGAUUGGUUGUGCUGUGUGGGAAAUUUGAUUUAACCAAUCAGAAGCACUACCCAGAUCUGGGCAGUGAAGCGUCAUCAUUAUGGAAUUUCUGCACUCGUUUCUCAGACAUCAUUUGGCGGGAAACCAGUGGUAGCUGUUUUCGCAGGCUGUACUUUUAUUAGUAUUCAGCCAAUCAUAAAUUCUUGUUUUUAUUGUAUCAGGAAAUCCUUGAUCAGAUUGGAAGACAGGGCCCUGGAGAACCAAUCAAAACCAGGUAUGUGCAUAUUAUAUCGGUGGUCACUACAUCAGAGUCUGUAGUAUGAGAUGUCUUGUGCAAAUGUAUUAUCUAUAGAUCUUAUUGUUAUUAUUAUUAUCAUUACUAUUAUUAUUAAUUAUUAUUAUGAAAAAUAGGUUUCACCAGUUGAUGUGCAUGUAGUACUGUUUGUAAAAUGUGUGACCUAAGAACAAUGUGAAAUUAUAAAAUUUUGCUUAAAUUUCAGUGGGCAGACACCAUCCAUAGACACUUUGGCAAUGGAACACAGGGUUAAUAUUCAACUUAAGAGGUAAGAAACAAGUCAAAUUUUUGUUAUCAACUUAACAAACCAUGUGAGAAUCCCCAUAGUUGAUCCGGACCUUCAUUCUUGUUGCUACCUUGGAAUCCUUUAAGGUUAAUACUUUGUCAUCCCUUUUGAAAUCUUGAUGUAAUUUUCAUAAUUAUAUAUGUUAUUAUUAUUAUUUAAAGCAAGUGUGAGAAGUCGUAUGGCAAUCUCCAUUUCUGUCUCAUUUAACAUACUGUAACUGUAACUAAAAAGUAUGAGUUUUGCUGAAUCAAAAGAGAGCAUUGUUUUAUCAAAUUCAUCCCCCCCCCCCCACCCCCCAAGAAAACUUUCAUUACUACCUUGAGUAAACCUUUGACUCUAUUGCAUAAUUUCUGCCAGGAUCUUGUCAGAAUGCAGACAACAGUGCCAGGUAUAAAUCAACUUGCUUGUUUUAUAGUUACCAUGUUUUCCUCUUUGCCAAUCAGGCAAUACUCGUGAGGUCUAAAUGUACACAGAGGCCUUAGUGUCUUGUGUGUGCACCUGACAGGUCAUAUGUUUCAGAUUUUUUGUCAUGUUCAUGUCACUUUUUGAGGUGCAAUAAGCACCAGGUAGUUUGAAAUGCAAAGCACCAGACUUGCUUAUACCGUUUGUUUUGCAUAAGGCUCCAACAAUGUUUCAACAAGUCAUUGAAGUUCUGUAAGCAGAUAAUAUAUACCACUUAUUAACUGAGAGUGAGGUCAUUACAGGGAAACCUCAGACCGUGAUGUAUUGACCGAGUGAUAGCAAGGUCAAUACAUCAAGGCUGAGAUCUGAGAUUUCCCUGUAAUGACUAAAUGGACGAUUAUUGUAUGAUGGCCUUUUCAUACUGAAUCUGAACCUGCAAUCAAUUAAAACCAAUUACUCUUCAAUGGAUAACUUUAAAAUACACGUCACCUCAAUGAGUUGUACACUUGAGCCCGCAUUACAGCCAUGUGACACUGGUCAGCAGAUACCCUUUUUGACAGCCGUCAAUUGACCAUAACAUGGAUGUCCAUAAGGAUGUCCACUAUCAAGUUAAACACAGAUUGUAUAUGCCUUGAACACCUACGCGUAGCUGGUAAUGCGUGGUCAUUACAAGAAAAUAAUGCCCGCUUAGCAGCCAAUCAGAAUGCAUGUACUGUUGUAGCCAUAUAAUGAACCUAUAUAAUACUAAUAGAUGUUUGCAAACUCGGAGUCUUGUCAAUAAAUAAAAUAAAUGUAUAAAUUCUGUUUCUGUUGUUCAUUGUACAACUGUUACAACUCUUUUCCUGUUCAGGAUGGUAACAUUUCCUCUGAUGAUGAAGAAAGAAGUGUUGGUAGGUUUCUAUGCCUCCCUCAGUCCAAUUAUUACUUUUAGGGCGUUUUAAAAAAGGCUUAGAAAAAAAAUAAAAAGUUUUAUGAUAAUAGCUGAAAUCCCAAAGGCUAAGCAUUGUUCUUUCUUUUGUUAUCUUUUAACAAUAGAUGUAUGCAUAAUUAAUGUAUGGGGUUAUACGGAAAUCUUGCCGAUAUUAGGGAGCUUUAGCAACGACGACGGCGACGGCAACCAGGCCGUCAAAAAAGCAACAGGUUUAUUACGCAACACAACAACUUUGCACGUGCAUCACGCUUUUUUGUACAUUUCUUCACCGUCCUUGCACGACUACGACGUGAAAAUGCCUAAUUGCAAGUUUUAUGGAGGACGUAAACAAGCGACGAAACUUGAGUGCUGUCCUCAAGAAAUCAACUCCAGGGAAAUUCGCCUACACUUGCCAUUUUCAGCAAAUUGAAAUAAACGCGACAAAGAUUGAAAAUACGAGAAUUCAUUUUAAAACUGACGUUUUCGCUGCCGUUGCCGUCCUCGAUGCUAAAGUUCCCUAAUGUACAGCUAGGGUUAUAGCUAGGGCAACGUUUGGACUGUUUCUCCAUACUCCAAUUUGCAGGGGCACCCAACGGCAAUUUUCGGGAAAAUAUCUGUUCGGAAGACAAUUUGAGAACUAGAAUUUUCGGUACAUUUGUUUUAAAAAUUCUUGCUUGCCUGCCUCUCCUAGGAUUUUCGAACAUCUACAAAAUGGUAUAAUUACCCAUUUUACAUGGAUAUUUACCCUAAAAAAGGCCACCUAGAAUUUUCGGAAGCCUUUCCUGGCUGAAAUUUUCGAAAAGGUAAGUUUUGAUCCCUAUAAUUUUCGGAUCACUAGACUUUCAGCUAGGAAAUCCGAACAGAUGAAAAGUUUUUAGGGGAUAAAAAUAUGCCUAUAUCUACCGUUUAAAUACUAAAAUACGUUCAACAAUGCUAUGUUAAGUGGUUUUGAACUAUAUCCUCGUUGGGUGCCCCUGAAUUUGUACACUAUUCUGUACCUCCACAUAUUAACCAAGCAAUAAUCUCCUUUUUUCCCACUUUGUUGCAGGUGAUCCAUUUGGUCCUGCGAUGGGUUUAUUCAUGAACCCUUAUCACUAUACGCCAGAUAUUUACAGUGGUAUUCCAGGAAUAUUAGGUGCUGGCAUGCCAUAUCCAGGUUACCAUGGAUUCCCCUUUUCUACACCUGCAGUUCACCGAGCACCGUCUCCUAAUGUGGUCACAGAAGAAGACCUCCAAAAGAUGAUCCAGAUCCAUCGAAAAAGAAGGCUGGCAAAUGAGGUUUACUGUCAACUUAAGUGUUAUCUACUUUCUUCAUUUUGUAGUGUGUCCAUUUAGAGAUCACAGAUGAUAUCAAAAUGUGAUAAGAGCGGCAGGCUAGUGUGUCACUGAUCUUCUUACCACAUUUUUACGUCACUUUUGAUCUAUAACUGGACAGACACACGAAAAAAUAAAUUUCUUUGGGGUAUGCAUUUUCUUCAGUAAAACCUUGUGAUGAGCUCAAGUCUGCAAGUUUCUGUCGACUAAUAAGUGAAAAUGACAAGAAUUCAUGAAGUUAGAACAAGACUGCAUGUUUUAGUCAAGUCCUGGGCAAUGGCUAUUCUAAAAUUGUUGUUGUUGUUGUAAAUUUCCAAAAAUCACUCAUAUCACUCGAAAGGUUUUUUCAGCACUUGACAGCAGGUCGUAAGAGGAGUCCAACUCGUUGUGUAAGCGAGGUAAAGUAAUGAUGAAGAAUCCAGCAGGUGAUCGUUGGUCGUAGUCAUGAGGCGGUCGUACUAAAAAGGUUGAAGAGGAAGAAAAUAGUUGGGGUUUUGUUCGAAGAAGAAAAGCGUGGUCGUGAUGACAUGGGUCGCCAUAUGCCAGGUUUUCAGCGACACUGUGAUUCCUUCUAACGUCGUCUUUUUAUUUUCUCAUUAUUAGGAUCAUCCCGAGUUGGAUACGAGGUUCACUUCCAUCCAAGACAUUGUCUUUAGAACAAAUCCGUCAAAGAAGUCCUCGAAAUCUUGUGAGUAUAGCUUUAAUAAGGGGCGAGACCCUUGUGGUUACGUUGGACAAUCUUUCUUACAGCUUGUCUCCUCGUACAAUGUAAUUAAUUUGUUUUGCACAAGUUUCAAGUUGCUUGCAAGCCCAGUGCCCCAGAGAUAAACAUAUUUCGUUGUGUUUUUGCUAUAAACCGGUUAGUGUUGCGCGAAGUAGCAUUUAGGUCUAUCAGCGUUUCUUUGCCUGCAACAAUAUUGUUCGAAGUUUGUAUAUUUAGUUUUAGCCUUUAAAUCGAGUGUCAUUGAGCGAAAAUCAAGAUACAGUCCAACCUCCAUGUGCGACCACCUCCCAAAAGUGACUAUCGCUUUCGUCCUCGAAAUUUCUCCCUUUGCCCCAGCCUCGUUCCCAGUCGUCCUCGGCGAUUUCGGGUGUGGGGUCACCGGUCAAGCUUGUCGGGAAAAUUCGCCUCCUCUGGUAACUCGGAUAGCGCGAACUGGCCUGGUUAGGAGGCUGCCUUUCCCCAAAAAACCAGCGUCUGCUACGCAAGCAAUUUUUUCAGAACUAGGGUCCACUGUUUCUUCUCACCCAAUUCUGUCAGCUGCUGCAAUAGCUGCAUAGCGUAAUUACUAAUUGUUGUCUUUUUCCUUUUUUGUAUCUUACAAAGCUGAGUUAUCCAAGAAAAAGGACAAGAAGGCUAAAGUCAAACGAAAAUUAAAGCAAAAACUGCAACAGAAACAAGAAACAAAAGCACAAGUGAAAGCAGUUCAGAACGAGACUGUGAAGACUGUUAAAAGUACGAAGAAGGAAGAAGCUGCUCGUGAAGCGCAGAAUGUUCUUUCGUAAGUCAAUCAACUGUCCGAUUUAAUAGACCUGUCUCACGCUGAUGAAAUGUGUCUAGCAUCUUCUUCAUUACCUUAAAGAAGCAAUUUCUCCGCCGACGUUAACUUUUUAGCAAGCAGGUGUCCGAAGUAAACUCCCCAAACUACUAUGACUUGUUAACAAUUUUGCCAUACAUACAUGUACACAUUUAAUGUGGAAUCUUGAAAGAACCAUUGGCUCCCAGUUUAAAGUAACAUGCAAAAACGCAGACGUAUUUCCGGUCGUCGCUUCUCUCGUUACUUUUCAGGUGGAGAGAAGCGACGACCGGAAAUACAUCUGCAUUCCCAAGCUAAGUUUAAAGGUGUUACGUGGUAAAAGAGAGGUACACGUCAGUCAAGCUAAAGCUUAGUUAUGUAUCUUGCUCGUUUCAGCAUACUUUCUUGCUUUCUUUCUGUGCAGAGUUCCUGUCCUUUCAGUGGAGGUGCCCUGUUUUUUCAGCCUGCUUCGUGAGAUUUUUAAUAAUUUUUCUGACUCCAAGGCAAACCUGCAAAAAGUAUGUUCACUGUAUUGUACUGAAAUUGUUUUAUGUGCGUUGUACAUUGAUUACACGACAGUUAAUUAUCACAGCCUUCUCAAAUCGAAACCUUUGUCUCUGCGAUUGCCUGUAAGUGUUACUUGAGGUUAUCAAAGGACUAUGUUUCAUCAGCAACUACGCAAAGAAUUUAUAAUGACAAUAUCAUUAAUGAUACUGAUAUCGAUAAUGAUAAUGAUUUUUGCCCCUAUCAUUUAGGGGCAAAAAUGUGAUAGUGUGAAUUAGUCGAUUUUUCGUGUUCCUCUUAACAACUUUUUUCGUCUCAACUAGACUGCAAAACAGUCCGUAUUUUUACGUAUUCAAGUACGCGCGAGCAGUCAAACAAUAGGCCUGGAAUGAGGCUGAAAACAGAAUGCGAGACUAGGCUCACACGCCGUAGGGGCGUGUGACGUUCGCAACCACGCAUUUUUGACUGAAAUAUCCUUGGGGAAAGAUUUGAAACGAUGCAUGCCCAAGUAAAUCCCCGAGCGCGGGGAUAUAAACAGGGUUAUAGAGAAAGAAUUUUCAGUUUCGGCACUAGUAUUGAAUUAAUUCCCAAUUUGUAACUUCUUGCAUUCUUUUUUUCAGAUAGAGGAGAUGGUGAGGAAGUGGCAGGUAUGUUUGCUUAGUUUGUUGCUUCACUUUCCCACCAUCGGGUAAUUUUCACGUGCGUACGGAAGUGCAUUUUGUUGGUACAAACAGUUUUGAACAGUCGUGCGUAUUCCGUAUAGUAAACGUAAAACUUGAGCGAAGUUUUACAUAUCACCCCAUGUAAGCGAAUCAAGGACAUUCUUGGAUUCUGGAUUCCACGCACUGUGGAUUUCGGAUUCCAGGUACUGAAUUCCAGUAUUUGUCAGUAGAACUUGGAUUCUGGACUCAGGUCGUUAGUGGGAUUUCCGAUUCCUUGAGCUCUAUUCCGGAUUCCACAACCCAGGAUUCCGGGUGGCAUAAGCAAAAUCUUCCCGGAUUCCCGAUUCUACAGGCAACCGAUACCCUUUCGUGGGGCGAUACAUAAAGGGAUUACGUUACCGCUGUUUAGUUCAUUUUGUUUAUAAAUAACAAUAGGACAAUUGCACGAUGACGAUAUUCGACUACAACUGCCAGAAUUCAUUUCGAUUUUGCUUUGUUAUUUAAAUGUGUCAAUCCCGCUGAGGAUUAAAGAACAAUAGCCUUAAUUUGCAUAAGAAAACAACAAACUCAAGAAUUCUGGUAGUUGCAGUAAAAUGACGUCAUCGCACAAUUGUCCUAAUUCACCGAAGUGGAGGUGGCUAGUGUCAAUUACGCGUCCUUAUUGGCCAUGGAACUUAAGAAAUUACUUCGUAUUUCUGGUGAAUGACAAAAUCACAGCCUGGUUUCAAAUAUAUAUAUCAAACAUAUGUCUCCCAAGCAUUAUUUCAAUACGCCACAGUGGAAAUUCACCUUAAGGUUCUAUUCUCUAAGCAAUGGAACUAAUGAUUCUUUUGUGACCUACUUUAAGCUGUCUUCGUCGUGUGCUGCAAACACUUGGAGUACACAGGAGCCAGACUGGAUUAAACUUGCUUAUUCUGCCCUUAUCUACCUUUCGGGAAGUUCAGGAGGUAUAUAUGAUAUUAUAACUUGACUUAAUCUGACUGAGAACCCAAACAAGUGUAUCACAAUCAAGAGUGCAAGGGUGGCGCGCGCAGUGGUGAGAGCACCUUCACCUCCCGCCAAUGUGGCCCGGGUUCAAAUCCCGGCGUCGACGCCAUAUGUGGGUUGAGUUUAUUGUUGGUUCUCUCCCUUGCUCCGAGAGGUUUUUCUCCGGGUACUCCGGUUUUCCCCUCUCCUCAAAAACUACCACUUCCAAAUUCCAAUUCGAUCUGGAACGCACGGAAACAUUUAAACGAGCUCUUAAGAACUCCAAAGUGCUUCGUGGGUAAGCAUAUUACAAUGCAUAUUUUACAGUUUUACAAUAUGUUUGAAAGCAUUUUACCUGUAAUUUCGGCUGUUCGUUUCUCUAUUCCACAGUAUGGUAGCCUGCGUAGCAGACGCUUGCUUGGAAGUAAUAGGUGCAUGAAAGAACGGGACUCGUGAGGGAGAGACGCGAGAGGAGAGGGAGCAUGUCUCCAUCGCGCGCCCCGUUUUCCUCCUAGCAAGCACCUGCUACCCAGGGUGAUAGUUUUCCAUUUCUUGUACUGAUGGCAUCCAAUGCCCAUUAAGUUUAAACUCGUUAGAAAGCUGUUCAGGUGAACACUUCAAAACUGCUUACUUCAUAAAACUGCAAGUUGAUUAUUGUGGACCAUAAAUCUAGCACAACUGGUACUAAAAGCACAAGUUGAAGCUGAUGUGGAUCCUAUGGUACAAGCGAGUCUAUCAUGUUUUUGUUACCGAUUUUUAUCUUGUAAAAUUAAACGCACAGAUUCAAUAAUAAUAUAUGCAUCAUCACUGGCAAAAGUGGUUGUUUUACAGAGAUAGUAAAAUGUCUAUAAAUUGUACAUUUAUAGACUUUUUAUAAGAGUGCAUAUCUUCCCCUCUUUCUCACGGAGAAAACAAAUUGUCUGUCAAAUCAUUUUUGCAGACAUUUUAUAAAGUUUAUGUAUGUACCUAUAAUGAGAGUGAUUUAGUGUGUGUGUAUGAGAAAACAAUUUGAUUGUACCUUUCUAGAGACCCAACCUACUUUUGUUCCUUUUGUGGACUUUAAAGAAAGGCCUCAACAAUGGAAAUGGAUAGGUGAGAGUUUUCUUUUUUUUUUCUUUUUUCAAUACCAACUACUCUGUAGAAUUCCUCAAGCGCUUAGUCACAGAAUUUGUCGCGAUUGGUAUCCUAGAAAUAUUCGUGUUGAUAUUUUUAGUUUAAGGCCUUUUAUGCUAAUUUGGCAAAAUAACCACGCGUUGAAACAUCGCACAUUCCUUUGACCCAUAGGGAUCGGUCCUAGGCGGGGCCGGGGGCAUGCUCCCCUCGGAAAGUUUUAUUUUACUCUCUAAAAUGCAAUUUCCUGCGUUCCCUGGGCCGGAACUGGUUAAACGGGAAGGUCUUCUAAGGCAUCAAAAAAUGAAGUUUCUGAUUUGGCAGUUAUAAUUGUCGGUUUGCAGUUGUCCGUUUAUUAGUUGAUUAAUAAAUGAAAAAGAAACGAUUUUCACACUUCAAAAAAUUAUUAUUUCGUGUGAGAAGUACUGUACAUUACAUGUCCAACAACCGGACGUUGCAUCCGGCGCGCGUCUAGCUUGAAAUGAAACCCGUGAUUGCCACCUCAGUCGGGUCGUCAGUGAUAAGAGCUCUUCAUCAUAUGAAGUGAUUUUUCGACAAUAAAUAUAGUUUUAUUAUUUCUAGGUACUCAUAGAGACUCUGAUGAGCAGUUAGAGCCGUUAUGUGAUGACUGGCUUCGAGUCAAAGGGGAAUUUGCAAACAAACCGGUAAAGAAAGUGCAAAAUGAAAACCGUACCUCCAUCCAUAAUUUAAAAUCUUGAGAGUCUAUAAAAACUAAUAUGAGGAAACACAAGUGGUCUUCCUCAUCUUCUUAAUAAAAAAGAUUUUACUCUGUGCUGUGUGCUCUUCUCUGGCCAAGAGCAACCAGAUACCUUUUUCUUUCUAACGGUAUCCAGGUUGAAUAGAAAAAUAAAGGAGUGCCGUACUCGACCCAAGGAGUAAGACCCUGUAGUGGUGGUAUUCAUAAAUUAGGCCUUUUCCUUAAACAAUAUACCGCUUUGGGCAUAACUGUUAGGUUUGUAGUCUAUAUGAUACAGAACUCAGUCAAGUCUCAUUUGAUAUUUAUUUUGUUGCAGGGUGUUUCCUCUGAAACAGCUUCGUCGUCCGCUCCUUCACCUCGCGUGUAAGUUAAAAUUGUCGCUCAACAACAAUAGCAACAACCUUACCCAUCCAUUGAAUACCCAUAUGUGCUGAAACUCAACAACAAUAGCAACAACCUUACUCAUCCAUUGAAUACCCAUAUGUGCUGAAACUCAACAACAAUAGCAACAACCUUACCCAUCCAUUGAAUACCCAUAUGUGCUGUAACUCAACAACAAUAGCAACAACCUUACUCAUCCAUUGAAUACCCAUAUGUGCUGAAACUCAACAACAAUAGCAACAGGCUUACUCAUCCAUUGAAUACCCAUAUGUGCUGUAACUCAACAACAAUAGCAACAGCCUUACUCAUCCAUUAAAUACCCAUAUGUGCUGUAACUCAACAACAAUAGCAACAACCUUACUCAUCCAUUGAAUACCCGUAUGUGCUGUAACUCAACAACAAUAGCAACAACCUUACUCAUCCAUUUAAUAACCAUAUGUGCUGAAACUCAACAACAAUAGCAACAGGCUUACUCAUCCAUUGAAUACCCAUAUGUGCUGAAACUCAACAACAAUAGCAACAAACUUACUCAUCCAUUGAAUACCCAUAUGUGCUGUAACUCAACAACAAUAGCAACAACCUUACUCAUCCAUUGAAUAACCAUAUGUGCUGUGACUCAACAACAAUAGCAACAACCUUACUCAUCCAUUGAAUAACCAUAUGUGCUGUAACUCAACAACAAUAGCAACAACCUUACUCAUCCAUUGAAUAACCAUAUGUGCUGUAACUCAACAACAAUAGCAACAACCUUACUCAUCCAUUGAAUAACCAUAUGUGCUGUAACUCAACAACAAUAGCAACAACCUUACUCAUCCAUUGAAUAACCAUAUGUGCUGAAACUCAACAACCAUAGCAACAACCUUACUCAUCCAUUGAAUAACCAUAUGUGCUGAAACUCAACAACAAUAGCAACAACCUUACUCAUCCAUUGAAUAACCAUAUGUGCUAGAGGCAUGAAAUUAGGGUAUUAAGGAAAAUAUGACUCGGUAGACGUUAGCCGCUCAGUUGAGAAGAUGGGUGAAGGGGGCGGGGCAGAGUGGAGGGUGGUAUAGCGAACUAGUCGACUUUAUCGGUUGUACUUUUCCUGACAAACGUUCAGAAACUGUAACUUCAAGUGAAACUUUGCUUUUAUUAAGUUCACUCUAAGCAAGUUAUAAAGGUACUGCGCAACUCAUUCCAUCGCAAAGCAGCUACUUGUGCCCCUUCUCUGCAAAUUAAAAGACAUGCGCAAAAGAAGACCAACCUCAUUUUGAUUGUAUGUAGAACGCUAUUUUCCCGACGAAUACGCUCUUUCUUGCAGAAAAACAGAUUAUGUGGUCAGACCAAGCACUGAAGAUGAGAGAGCCGCUUUCAGAGACCAAGUAACGAUGUCCUUUUCUUUUUUAACCAACUGUAAUCCACUUUAAGACUAAAUAUUUCCACUGUACAUAACGUGCUCAAUAUUUCAGUGGCCUCACUGAAAUGUUUGAGUUUUUCUACUUACGGAAUCCAAAUUUGGAGCCACACGACACAAUUGUUGCUUCUUACUUUUAUUUGGAAAAAGGGGUUUCCGUACACUUUGAGAAAACGUUUCUUCUUCAUACCUGAGAUAAAUCUUGUUACACAUUUCUUUCAUUGUAGACUUUCUUUCCACUGAUAUCAUGUUCAUAUGUCCCCCUCUAAGAUCCCUCAAAAGAUAUCUCUCUUGUUUAUUCCCUUUAGUUAUUCCUCUUCUCAUCUAGAUAUCCCUCGAAAUAUCUCUUUCAAUCGCUUCCCUCACAUUUUCCCCAUUAGCUUUCUCUUUUUGAUGUCUCCGUUCGUUAUUCGGUUAUUUUUUUCAAUAAGUAAGGAUGAAAAAGAAACCUGUAUGAUUCAAAUGAAAGAUUUAUUGAACGUUUCUAGUAAGCGCCUUCUGUUUACGGAAAAGUUACAAUCAGCUAGAGUAGUAUAGAUGAACUCAUUGUGUGUUCCUUAUUAAACAGGAAAACAAACGAUACGAGAACCCUCAUAAAGCGUUCACCUUUAGGAUGCAUGGCUUUGAAUCUGUUGUUGGGCCGGUAAAGGUAUGUCACGUAACCCUCCUCCCUCCACCCCUAUUUUUCCCCCAAAUCGGAUUCGAGAAGAAAGGGUGGCUUAACUUAUUUACUAAACCCCGCCCUGAUUGCGAUGGACAGAAUGCUUCUUAGUUAUCUUUUUAGGUAAAAUUGGGAAUGUAGGCCGUUAUCUCUGUGGCGCAAAUUUACCUCGUCUUCAAGCACUUCACUUGCCUCAUUUUCAAAACCAUUUGAUGUAAUUAUUACACGCAUUCUUCCUUCCGGAAUCUGGACCGCAAAAUAUUAAUCUGCCAUUACUUCUAUUGUACUUUAUAAAAUAACUAAGAUAGUACGCGCGUUCUGAUUGGUUAAAAACCUAUGGUUUAUUGUGUCGGUAAACUCAUAGAAAACAACUAAACGACUCCGUUUUACUUAAAGUUAUUUUAUCUUCGGCUCGUGAUUUACAAGCUUUUCUUGUGUUCUCCCAACAUUCCGGAUGGGUUAUCACUCCGGUAAACCCACACUGCUUAUGCCUUAAAUAUUUUAUUUUCUUGAGCGUGUAAGAAAGAAAAAAUUCCAUUAUAUAUUUCGCGAAACUUUGUCCCUGUUACAAAACAUUCGCAUAAGACAAUCAUCCUCUAACAACAGCAUUAAUGGAUUUUUUUUGGUUGUCUAGGGAGUGUUCAGUAAAGAUACCAAUCUGAACAAGGCUCGGGAGCAUUCUCUGUUGACAUCAGCACGUCCCCCCUACGUCACUAUCCUUACACUUGUUAGAGAUGCGGCGUCCAGACUUCCAAACGGAGAGGGGACUAGGGCAGAGGUAAACUAAGAUUCUCAAACUUAUUCCUCACUAUAAGGAACCUAAAGAAUCAAAGCAAAUUUAUGUUUAAUGAAAAGCUCAUUUCUUCAUUGGAAUUUUGUACUUGGAAUUGGAAUUUCAGAAUGUGGAAACGAAAAUUUUAUUCCGCUCGAAAUAAUAAGAUUUUAAUAUCUUGCUUUUCGAUUUCCGUGCCGUUUUGAAAUCUUAUCAUCUCAAAGGUUUAUCUCCAUCGUUUUUCUUUUAAAAGUCUUAAGAAUGGCAGCAGUGUCAUACCCUUGAUCGUACCUUACAGACUCGGUGAAAUGGAAAAACACCUAACCGAGUUGAAUCGAAUGGUAUCAUAUCGUAUCGCACUCGUUCGUUAGGGAGAGACGGCCUAAUUAAAUGUAUUAUCAUGAUGGUGAAUUUGUUGUAUUUGUAGGUCUGUGAGCUGUUGAAGGAUUCUCAGUUUCUCAACCUAAAUUCGUCUGAUGCACAGGUUAGUUAACAAAGGCAGCACAGGGUAAGCAGUAUAAGCCGCUAAGUAAAGCAAUGCAAACAAGUGAGAUGGUGUGCAACAUAUUGCAUUGCGACCCAAGGUAAUGCGUUACAAGCAGCAUACCACUGAGCAAUGAAAUGCAAACCAGUGAGGGGCAGUGCAGUAUAUUUAUUUAAUUACUCAGAACUUUUUUCUCUGAAAUGGUAUUGGGUCAUGCAAAAUAGCUGACUUGCUUUUAGACCGAGCUAUACUAAGCUUGUGGAGCCCACUACAGCCCGUAAAACACUGUCCACCAUUUAGUUAAAAGCGGUUUUGUAGCCAUAUAGUCAUAAACAAAUUGUUAUUAUUUGUUUAACUUGUGCCAGAUUCACACAGUGGUGAGCGGGGCUUUGGAUAGACUACAUUACGAACGGGAUCCAUGUGUAAAAUAUGACAGCAACAGGAAAGUAUGGAUCUACCUACACCGUAACCGUUCGGAAGAGGAAUUUGGUAAGAUACCCGGUAUUUACUCGAUUAAGCGCCCACCUCCAAUAAGCGCCCAUCCUUUUGCGAAGAAAAGUUAACAGGCGCCCAUCCCCACACACCUCCUUCGGUCUUAUUUGCUCGUGUAGGACUAUGAUACCAAAGGCUUCAGUUUUUCUUUUCCCUCGACUGCAGUUAAAUGUGCUCAGCUAGCUAAGAAUGAACCAACACUCGCGUAUUUUCCUUCAUCGGUCGAAGCACAUAUAUUGCUUUUGUGAGCGACUCUUUUGCACUUCCUCGUAGGUGAAGUUGCUACGGCUAACAUUUUUGCGAGGUUCCCUAAGGAAGUCUUGGUUCACGUUUGUAUGUGAUUGGCACACUCAGGCGAAAAAAAAAACCAAAAAAA